UUUCCCCGGGAAGACGAUUUGGCGCGGACUGUGCUGUUGUUUGUGUUGACCUAUCGCCGCCGCGGCCGCGUAGAGCAGCUGUCAGUGAGUAAACGUUAAAGACAAAAUAAUCGAAGUCAUGGCUCCGGUAUCAAACCCAGACAAAGACAUGGACGUCCCGGACGGCGAUGAUGGAGGUGACACCGGCGGUCUGGCGAAGUCUCGCUCCAGACGCGAGAAGAGGGAGAAGGUGGGAAGGAAGUCUGCACUGGAACAGCUCAAGAAAGCCAAGAGGGGGGAGAAGGUCAAAUAUGAAGUGGAGGAGUUAACCAGUGUAUAUGAGGAAGUGGACGAGGAGCAAUAUUCGAAGAUGGUACGAGAGCGACAGGAGGAUGACUGGAUUAUUGAUGAUGAUGGAACAGGGUAUGUGGAGGACGGGCGUGAAAUCUUUGACGACGAUUUGGAUGAUGAUGUUGUAGAAAACAACAAGGGAAAAGCAAGUGCUAAAGGAGCAGACUCAAAGAAAACUGUGAAGAAAUCUGUCGUAGCCAAGCCUAACACCAUUAAGAGCCUCUUCAUGAACAGUAAUGUCAAGAGGCCUGUUGAGAAAGAUGUGGACCUGUCCAAAGAUGACCUAUUAGGAGAUAUCUUACAGGACCUGCACUCUGAGAAAUUGUCUCCUUUGGCUCCUCCACCAGUGGUCACUCUGAAGAAAAAGAAGUCUCUUGGAUCACCUAUGAAUCCAUUCUCCAUUAAACCUCAAAUGCCAAAGGAGUCACCUUCAGCUACGGGGUUAAAGGCCAAAGUGAUCCGUCCACCACCUUCUGACCUGAGCCCCAGGCCAUCAGCUCGUCCUUCUCCCUCCACACCUGCUCUUCCUCCGGAGAAGCAGAGGGUAAAAGUAGAGAAGCCGGAUGAAGAGGAGGAGAAUGAUGCAAUGGCGUUUGAUGGUGUGGAUUUUGAUGAGCCGAUGGAGGUUGGACUUGAGGAGGAGAAGCCUGCAGUCACAGAGGAUGCUGAGUUUGAAUCUAAAGCAUCAACAGUAGCUGCAGUUAAAGUGGAGCCCAAAGCAGAGCCUCGGGAUCCUAUUCUCUUGUCCAGCAGGAUCGGAAGCUCUUGGGGACAAGAGGAGGGCGGAGUCAGUGAGGCGCCAGCAGAGGUACAGGUUGACUCCAGCAAACUCCCGCUAGUGGAGGGGGCUGACGGCGAGCAGGUUUUCCGCUUCUAUUGGUUGGAUGCCUUUGAAGACCCGUACAGCCAGCCAGGUGUGGUGUACCUGUUUGGAAAAGUGUGGAUCGAGUCUGCAAAGUCUCAUGUCAGCUGCUGUGUUACUGUCAAGAACAUUGAGCGGACCAUGUACUUCCUGCCUCGUGAAUGUAAAGUGAACCCCAAGACUGGGGAGGUGUCAGACACUCCUGUGGGGAUGAUGGAUGUUUACCAGGAGUUCAGUGAGGUCUCUGAGAAGUUCAAGAUCAUGAAGUUCAAGUCCAAGAAAGUGGAGAAGAACUAUGCUUUUGAAAUUCCUGAUGUGCCCAGUCAGUGCGAGUACCUGGAAGUCAGAUAUUCUGCAGAGUUCCCUGCACUGCCUUCUGACCUUAAGGGGGCGACCUUCUCCCACAUUUUCGGUACCAACACCUCCAGUCUGGAGCACUUCCUCCUCAGCAGGAAGAUUAAAGGGCCUUGUUGGCUGGACAUUAAGACACCACAGCUGAUCAGCCAGCCGGUGAGCUGGUGCAAGGUGGAGGCUCUGGCCCUGAGGAGUGACCUGGUCACUGUGGUUAAAGACCUGCCACCUCCACCCAUCACUGUCAUGUCCAUCAGCCUCAAGACUACCCAGAACUCCAAGACACACCACAACGAGAUUGUGUCCCUUGCUGCACUUGUCCACUAUCAGUACCAUAUGGAUAAAGCUCCACCUCAACCUCCUUACCAGACCCACUUCUGUGUGGUCAGUAAACCAGCUGACUGCAUUUUCCCGUACGACUUCAAAGAAGCUGUGAGGAAGAAGAAUGGGAAGGUGGAGAUAGCUGCUACAGAGCGGACUCUGCUCGGCUUUUUCUUGGCCAAAAUGCACAAGAUCGACCCUGAUGUGCUGGUGGGCCAUGACAUCUUUGGUUUUGACCUGGAAGUGCUUCUGCAGAGGAUUAACAUGUGCAAGGUUCCACACUGGUCUAAGAUUGGACGCCUCAGGAGGGCCAAUAUGCCCAAAUUAGGGGGUCGUGGUGCCUUCGCUGAGAAGAGUGCAACCUGUGGCCGUCUGGUGUGCGAUGUAGAGAUCUCAGCCAAGGAGCUGAUUCGCUGUAAAAGUUAUCAUCUGACUGAGCUGGCUGGACAGGUGCUGAAGACGGAGAGAGUUACAGUCCCCCAGGAGGAAAUCAAAAAUCUCUACAGUGACUCUCCACACCUGCUCUACCUGUUGGAGUUGACAUGGACAGACGCCAAGCUGAUCCUCCAGAUCAUGUGUGAGCUCAACGUGUUGCCUCUGGCCCUGCAGAUCACCAACAUCGCUGGCAAUGUCAUGUCUCGUACUCUGAUGGGUGGUCGCUCUGAGAGGAAUGAGUUCCUGUUGCUUCAUGCCUUCCAUGACAAAAAUUACAUUGUCCCUGACAAACCCUCCUUCAAAAAGGCCCAGCUGGAGAUGGCCGAAGGAGAAGAAGAUGUGGACGCAGGCAAAGGCAAACGGAAGAAGAAGGCAGCCUAUGCUGGAGGUCUGGUGCUGGAUCCUAAAGUUGGUUUCUAUGAUAAGUUUGUGCUGCUGCUUGACUUCAACAGCCUGUAUCCGUCAAUCAUCCAGGAGUUCAACAUCUGCUUCACCACUGUACAGAGGGAGGCUCACAAUGCACAGAAGAAGAAUGAGGAGGAUGAGCCGGAGGAGAUUCCCGAGAUUCCAGAUUCCAGCUUAGAAAUGGGAAUCCUGCCAAAGGAAAUCAGGAAGCUGGUUGAGCGGCGUAGACAAGUCAAACAGCUGAUGAAACAGCAAGACAUCAACCCAGACCUUUACCUGCAGUAUGACAUCCGUCAGAAAGCUCUGAAGCUGACUGCUAACAGUAUGUAUGGAUGCCUGGGAUUCAGCUACAGCCGUUUCUAUGCCAAGCCACUUGCUGCCCUGGUCACACACAAGGGUAGAGAGAUUCUGAUGCACACAAAAGACAUGGUUCAGAAGAUGAAUCUGGAAGUCAUCUACGGAGAUACCGAUUCCAUUAUGAUCAACACCAACAGCAAGUCUCUAGAGGAAGUCUACAAACUUGGGAAUAAGGUGAAGGCAGAAGUAAACAAGCUGUACAAACUGCUGGAAAUCGACAUCGACGGUGUGUUUAAGUCGCUGCUGCUACUGAAGAAGAAGAAAUACGCAGCCUUGAUUGUGGAGAAUCAUGGCGAUGGACAGCACAGCGUCAAGCAGGAGCUCAAAGGCUUGGACAUUGUUCGCAGAGAUUGGUGUGACCUGGCCAAGGAAUGUGGAAACUAUGUGAUUGGUCAGAUCUUGUCAGACCAGAGUCGUGAUGUCAUUGUAGAGAACAUCCAGAAACACCUGGUGGAGGUGGGAGAGAAGGUAGCAGGUGGAGCCAUACCUCUCAACCAGUAUGAGAUACACAAGGCGCUGACCAAGGACCCUCAGGACUAUCCAGACAAGAAGAGCCUCCCACACGUCCAUGUGGCCCUGUGGAUCAACUCUCAGGGCGGUCGCCGGGUCAAAGCUGGAGAUACAAUCUCUUACAUCAUCUGUAAGGAUGGCUCUACGCUUGCAGCCAGUCAGAGAGCCUAUGCCUUAGAGCAGCUCCAGAAGCAGGAGGGUCUCAGUCUGGACACUCAGUACUACCUGGCCCAGCAGAUUCACCCUGUGGUGUCUCGCAUCUGUGAUCCCAUUGAGGGCAUCGACAGUGUGCUCAUAGCCACGUGGCUGGGUCUGGACCCCAGCCAGUUCCGUGCCCACCAGCAGUACCAGAGAGAGGAGGAGGCUGACGGCAUGCUGGGAGGCCCGGUCCAACUGACUGAUGAAGAGCGCUACAAAGACUGUGAGAGGUUCACUUUCACCUGCCCUCAGUGUGGCACUGACAACAUCUACGACAGCGCCUUUGAAGGAGCUGGUUCGAAGUUGGAGCCCAGCUUGUUGCGAUGUUGCCACAUCCCCUGUGGGAGCCACCCCAUCGACUAUGCCGUUAACAUCAGCAACAAACUGUUACUUGACAUCCGUCGCCACAUCAAAAAAUACUAUUCUGGCUGGUUGGUGUGUGAGGACCAGGCCUGUCAGAACAGGACCAGACGUUUGCCCAUCGCCUUCUCCCGCCAUGGACCCAUCUGCCCUGCCUGCACCAGGGCGACUCUCAGACCUGAGUACUCCGAGAAGGCCCUGUACAACCAGCUCUGCUUCUACAGGUUCAUCUUUGACUGGGAUUAUGCUGUUAACAAAGUGCUACAGGGUGAUGAGAAAAAACAAGCUAACUGCUGGCGGACUGAAAAGGAAGUGUAUCGGAGGCUGAAGGAAGUGCCAGACAAAGCCUUGGCUACCAGCGGCUACUCGGAGAUUAACCUGGCCAAACUCUUCCAGGCCUUCUCCUCCCUCAAGUAAAACAACACACACACAUCUGUAAAGACACCACCGCCAAGACGCUUCCACAUCAGACUCAAAGCUGGAGAUUUGCACAUUCAACCACAUCUGUUUUCUCGGUUUUCACUAUCCAAAUAUAUCAGCAGGACAGAUAAUUUUAGGCCGCGGUCUGCUAACCUCCAUAUCAUCCUCCCUGAAACUAAUGGGCUCGUUGUGUGGCUUAAAAUCCAAUCACACCUUUCUCCUCCUCCAGUUUCUUCACAUAGACACUGUCCACAUGCACACACACACAAACUUAUGGCUUCACCCCAUCACCCUGACUCUGUAUGGUAAAGGGGAGUCGCAAUCAUACCUAAAUGACCGUCUAUUGUGUGUGUUUGGAGGCUAGCUGUGCCCAGAUGUGUGUGUGCGUGCGUGCGUGCGUGCGUGCGUGUGUGUGCGUGCGUGCGUGAGUGAGUGUGUGUAAAAAUGACUUAUACUCAGAGUAGCCAGAAUACUCCAAAAGCCGCUAAUUAGCCAAUGAUAGUGACCCUGGCCACUAAGACCACUGGAUGCCUGCAGCGAUCGGACACUUGUUCUGAUUACCACCAUUCAUCCCGAGUGUGUGUGUGUGUGCGUGCCUGUGUGUGUGUCGGAUCAGAGAAUGAAAGAAAGGAGUAAGGAGGAUGCAGGGAGUGACAGGGUGAAGGAGGCCACACGCGCUGCUCCCUCACUCUUUUGUCUCCGUAUCGAACAGCUGAUCUCCUUCUCCUCCUCUGCCUCUGUUUAACUGAUGUCAUUUCAUCCAUUUCACCCACACCCCCCAAACCCACCCCCACCCUCCCUCCUCUGUUCAGAUUGUGUUUUAAUGCGUGUAAUUUUCUAUGUAUCCAAUUUGUGUUGCUCAGGAGGGUUUAUGUAAUGAUUUUUUUUGUAAUAACUAGAAUAUUUCAUGUUGGGUAUUUUGAUAUUGAUGAGAAUCUUUUUGAUACUGAAACCUCAAUAAAAAGCUUAAUGGAUAAGAUGUUAAUCUUGUGUUAUUUGCCAUGUGGGGGAUGAUGAUGAAAUGGGUGAAUAGAUAUCCAGUAGUGUUUCCUGUGUUACCACUACACACUAUAAUAGAAUAAACAUGCUAUGAAAGUUAAGUUUGAAAAAAGAAAAUGGGGAAAAAUCAACAAAAUAUCCCCAUUUUAUAGAACUGGUGCGUCUAGAUAGUUAAAUUAAGAGUCCCUUAGCUUCAUUUAGAACCAUAUUUAAAGAAUAUUUCCUAUUGUCAACAAAUCCCAUGAAAAGACCAAAAGAAACCAUGAAGUGAUCUUGCUAACUACAUGUUGCAGAGCUCUAUUGUUGUCCAAAAACUAUGAAAACCACAUCAGUGAGUCUUUCUGUCACACUGGGUGACAUGUUCUUUGAUUAAUAUAAACAUGUGCACUGUGGGUUAUUUAAAGUCAAGCCACAUGCACUGUCCUGUUGCUUUGAAUACUUGCUAAUGCACCAAAUCUGUAUUAAUCCACAGCUGAAAAUAGUCCCCAACAAAUGCACUGCUUAUUCUUGUUUGAGUAAUGUUUGCUAAAAACUACAGUGCCCAGCUGUUUUAUGAAAUCACUGUGCCUUUAAAAAAAAAUGAAACUGCAUCUUUGUGUCCUGUUUUUAAAGAUUUACAUCUUUUGGAUGGGUGUGUGAACUUGGCUCGACACAUCACUGGUUUAGGUCCUUUCAUGGCAUUUGUUGGCAGUAAGAAGAAUAGACACAGUCACCAGCUUAAACCUUUAAAACAUAGAUGUGAUUUAGUGAGUUUUACUUAUUACUCAGGUGGAGUAACAGCUGCUGUUGACUUCUGAGAAAUUUCUAAACAAGAAUGGAUGAUAUGGAUAAAGUCCCAUUUUAUGGUAUAUGUAAUUUUAUAUCUCAGUACUGUGAUAUAGCACAUUUUGUAGAAAAUCAACUGAGGAACUUAUAGUAAAAAAGAAAAAACACUUUUGUCUAAUUUAAGGAACAUUAAAGGGACAACUCUAAAAUAUCUGACAUUAUAUACAGAUAUACAUAUUGUCUGAUUGUUUUACACUUUCUAAAUACUGUAUGUAUUUCCUCUGCUGUAGUUAAAGUUCAGUCUGUACCUUGCUACUUGAAGUGUUUCGCCAUUUUCCUCCAAGAAUUCUCCUUUGUGUUAAUACAGUCAGGGGAUUUUUACUCCAUCCUGCGGUGUGCAUUUCCAUAAACACUGCACGCCUCACAAAUCACUUCAAACCACUGUGACUUGUGAAGGCAACCUUAAGUGGGCUGAACACUUAAACCGUGAUUCACUAUGCAAUGGAUAGAACAGUCUGUGUGUGAGAGAAAGUGUCUCGGUGCAUUUGCAGCCUAUUGCUCAUAACUUUACAUAUUUAUUAAAUCAUAUCAGCUCAAC